CGGGAGCGUGAAAAACAUGUGGAGCUCGCUGUGCGCUGGUGAAGCGCUCCUGUAUUUGCUUGCGUUUCUCUAAAGCGACCUGUUUGUAUUUUAACAGACUGACAGUUGCUUUUUGUUGUAGUUGCUGGGACUGUGUGCAGCUCAUUGUCAGUCAAUCUAAAACAACUUCAUUCUUAAUAUCUACACAUGCCUUAACUUCAGUGUCAUUGUUACGAACAACUUCUCUUUUAUUUGUAUACCAAGAACACAAGCCUCCCUCCCCAGGGAAUGUCUGAAAGCAGCAGUGAAGAUGAAAACUCUGACAGACUGAAAGAAGCGGUGUGGAGCUUUCUUCCACAGGAUGGUAAGAUAAGUGGAAACGGCGGAGCUUCUUGUCCUUCCUAUGGAGACACCAGCAGAAGCAGACGAAGUCAGAGAACUGAUGUUUCAAAGCAUGAACAUGAUGGGAAUGAGCUCGGGACAACACCUGAAUUUCAGUCCCAUGUGGCAAAAAAGUUAGGAGCCUUUUUGGACGGGUGUAUUUCAGAAGUUUUUUCUGAGACUGUUGAGUCAAAACCUGUUCAGUCCAAAAACAGAGAUGAAGAGGAUCAAGAAAGUUUCCGUCUCUUCUCCACGUCCAGUCCUGGAAAUUGGAUGGAGGAACCACUUCCUCCACCUCCUAAAAGGAGACCAAUUCCCAGCUCUAGUGACAGUGACAGUGAGAUGGAAAUGAGGUUUAGAGAAGCCGCUGUGUCUGUGUCAGACAUCCUCUCCUCUGCAGCCCAACAUCUUACAGAGAAAACUGAGGAGAAAAGUACAACCAAAGAGUCAGCAGAGGAAAGCACAGUCACUAAAAAGAAGAAGAAGAAAAAAAGAAAAGCAUCCACAGAGAGAAGUGAGGAGAACAUUACCCAUGUAUCAGAGAAACAAUUUAAUGGAGAGGGAUCAGAAGAGCAAACAACUGUGGUGGAAAAUUUGACAAAGAAAAAAAAGAAGAAAAAGAUGAAGCUGGAGGUGGGCAGAAAGGACUGUCAUGAAUGAAAGGCUUUAAUUAAAAGUAAAAGACCUCAGUCAUGGUAGCACCUUAUUUAAUUAGGACUGGAAUGAAAAUGAGACUGUGAGUGAUAGAAGCUGUUCAGCUGAUGAAACGUCUUUCUGAAACAGAAAAUUCAAUAAACAAAUUCCAUAAAACAGUUUUAAAAGUUUUUGAGAGUUGUUGAAAUUAUGUGAUCUAGGAUCUUUUUACAUUCUUGUUUUCAUCUGUGUAAAAUUCAAUAUGUUGACUGACUUGAUUAAGGUCUAUAAUACUAUAGAUCUUGUUCU